CGUGUUUGUGAGUGAGUGUGUGUGAGCGUGUGCGUGUGUGCGUGUUUGUGUGUGCGAUAUCUCAGACGUCACAACCUGCCGUUGGUCGAGUUCAGCUCAGUUCAGUUGGGAUCAGAUGAGCCAUUGGUUCCUCUCCGGAGGUGAACUAAACUAGAUCCGGAUGUAGAGGCGGCUUUAGCCCGCGUCAUCCGAGCUCACGGUCUGAACCGGGACACUUUUCACAUUUUAUUCAACCCGGGACAACUGCUGCAACUGGCAGAGAGAGCCGGGGCGGAGGGGAGGAGGGAGAGCCGCCGUUAACGUAACAUCCGUGACGUCGGUCCGCCCGGGCUGCCGCUCUGCUGGGUUUACCACCACGCUGUUUGUCAGGAAGGUUCCUCAUCGUGUUUACGGAGUUAUCGAUUGAUCCGAUCGAGGCCUAAUCGUGGGAUCGAUCAUUGUGUGAUGAUGGAGAGGAAGAGGACGGACUGUCCCGCUCUGCCGCCCGGCUGGAAGAAAGAAGAAGUGAUCAGGAAGUCCGGACUGAGCGCCGGGAAGAGCGAUGUCUACUACUACAGUCCUUCAGGGAAGAAGUUCAGGAGUAAGCCUCAGUUGUCCCGUUACCUAGGAAACACAGUGGAUUUGGGAUGUUUCGACUUCCGGACGGGGAAGAUGAUGCCUGGGAAACUGCAGAAAAACAAACAGAGGCUUCGACACGACCCGCUCAGCCUGGCCAAGGGAGGAAAACCAGACCUGAACACAGCUCUGCCAAUCAGACAAACAGCGUCCAUCUUCAAACAGCCUGUUACCAAGGUUACAAGUCAUCCUGGCAACAAGGUGAAGACAGACCUGCAGAGAGCAACCGAGCAGCCCAGACAGCUGUUCUGGGAGAAGAGGUUGAAAGGUCUCCGGUCGUCAGACGUCACAGAGGAAGUCCUGAGGACCAUGGACCUGCCCAAAGGGCUGCAGAGUGUGGGCCCAGACUCCAGCGAUGACACUCUCCUGUCAGCCAUCGCCAGCGCUCUGCAUAUGAGCUCUUCUCCAAUCACAGGACAGACGUCUGUGGCUGCUGAGAAGAACCCGGCCAUCUGGCUGAACACGUCCCAGCCGCUCUGCAAGGCCUUCACCGUCACUGACGAACAUAUCCGGGAGCAGGAGCUGAAAGUGUACCAGGCCAGGCGGAGUCUGGAGGAGGCGCUGAUGGCCGAUGGUUUGGCGCGGGCCGCCGAAAACAACCGAGAGCUGUUGGAGUGGAAGACAGCCUGAAGACAGAACAGAUGAGGCAGAGUUCCUCUGCUCGCCAGCCUCAGGUUAAUCAUCAGCAUCUUCAUCUUCAUCCAGACAACAAACCAAAAGCACACCACCCACAGACUUAAACAUCACCUGCACUGAUCCGUUGUCUUAAGUGGGCGAUCGUUUCAACCUUACCGUUAAGGAAACCUUUUUUUAAGGAUGACAUCACACUGUGCAUCUGUCAGCUUCGGGAGACCAAUAGCAACCGCGGCAAUAAUUUCAUCAGCAACGAUAAAAAACACCAGCAACAACUACACAUGACAACAGACAACCGCAGCACAAACUGCACCGGGAACAAGAGGAGCAACAGCAGCAAUAAGUGGAGGAUCUCCCAGCUCAACGCAGCAACUGAAGCCUUUAAUCUCUUUCUGUGACUUAUAAUCUGUGCAAACUUUACAACAAGCACUUAUCUUGUCUCAGUUUUACAAAUUCAGGUAUAAGUUCUCUUUCUUUUUAUAUAAUGCUGAUAAAAAAUGAUAAUAAAAAAAUACAGAAGUAACGCCCUCAUUAAACCCAAUGUCAGGUUGCAAACUGCUGGACGGCUUUUGCUAACUCUAACUACUAAAUUUCAAUGUGCUCUUUAAUGAGUUUGGUUGUUUGUGGUGUCAGAUCGUCAUCAGUUUUAAAGAAGUCUUCAGGGGUUUUAAUUAAAUAAUGAAAUAUUACAUGCAUAUGAAAUAGAACAACUGCUUAUUUAAGACAAAUUUUGUACCUAAAGAGAACAUACGUGUACAUUUCUUGGACUGGAGUAAAUAAAUGAUUAUAUUCACAAUCUUUUGACGGUACUUUUUUAAAAACCUCUUAAACCUUUUAAAGUCUCUGAUUCUGAAGAAGUGGAUUAUAGGUAUUCUAUACAUUCAGUACAGAGCUGGAGUCAGACCAUGAUUAGCCUAGCUUAGCAUAAAGGCUGAAAGCAGAGGGAGACAGCUCCCCUGGCUCUGUCUAAAGUUCAAAAAUACACCUGUUUCCAGUCUUUGAGUUAAACCAGGCUGAAGAUGUCCUGGCUCCAGCUCUGCAUUUAACUGACUUUUUAAUUUGACUGACAGGAGCUUGACAUCGAUCGCCUCAUCUCACCCUGAGACCUGCUGGAGUUCAACUCCAAAAGAUUUGCUGAGACAGGUAGUCAGCGUGAGCUGUGAUGAAAACAAGAAUGACUUUUUUCCAAAUGCUAAAUCCUAAUGCUGAAGGGUCAGACUUCAGGACAAAGCAGGAAUAAGCCAAUGAUUUUACUCCGAGAUCAAAAUGUAUUUUGAUAUAUAUUAUAUAUUAUAUUGAAUAUAUUUAUUGUUUCAAAAAUAUUCCCAAGAGUCUCUACACUGAGUUUAACAUUUAAUUAGAGAUGUUUUAUCACAGUAAUGUCUUGUACUAUUGCGUUUUUAAAUUUGUCAUUAUGAUUAAAAAUGAGAUACUGUGGUGUGUUUCAUCAUAGCAAUGAUAAGAGAUAUCAUCACGUGGCAACAUGUAGACAGAACAAAGGCCAUAAUACAGUAAAUACACACACACACACACAUAUAUAUAUAUAUAUAUAUAUAUAUAUAUAUAUAUAUACACACAUUAUAUACUGUGUUGUGCCAGUUCACACUAGUCCAAAGUUCAGUUCAUGCAGAUUAAAAUGAACCAGUUCAUGUUCAUAGUUCUUUUUUUCUUUAAUUUCACAGUUCCAAAAAUGAAAUAGUUCACAUUCAUUUGUUCAAUUUUUAAAGAAAUAAAUAAAGGCUUCUUUUUCAUUAGAACCCCCUUCUACCCAUCCAUCACCAGCCCCAAAUCACUGCCACUCCCAAACUAAAUUAAUUAUUGUAUAUACCACUGAAGAAUCACAGACAUGAGUUACAUUUAGAAUCUAUAUAUAAAUAUAAUCCGUCUGUACCGUCUGUGCUGCUAGCACCAGCCAAACUGGGCCGUGUCUAUGGAGACGUCAUGCGGCGUGCAGUAAAACUAUCAUAAAACAUGAGCGGCAUUCACACGUUCAUCAUUUGUAAACUGAUAUGUUCAGUUCAGCGUUCACAUAAAAUAGGAAUGUGCAAUGAACGCCCUUCAUUGAACACGUUCAUGCACAGCACUGUGUACAUAUAUAUAUAUAUGUGUGUGUGUGUGUGUGUGUGUGUGUGUGUGUGUGUGUGUGUGUGUGUGUGUGUGUGUGUGUGUGCUGUCCUGAUCUCAUUCCUGCUCAGUCCUGAUCUCAUUCCUCCUCCCAGAGGAUGAUCCCUUCAGAAUCUAUUGACCCCAUGACCUUUCCUUUACCACCUUUACAUCAAACUGUAACAUUCAUCUCCUCCAAUGGUGAGACUAAGAAUAGUUAAACCAUCAGGAUGUUGUUCUGUCAGACUUGGCACAAACUGUUCUCAGUCCAGAUGUUGAAUUCUGUAUUUGUGACUGUAUGACUGUAUGCGUUUGUGUGCACUCUUCAUGUUGUGUGCUUGUGUGUGCGCGUGUGUGUGUGUGUGUGUUAAAGAUAGAGUGAGACAAACCAGCCUGCCAGCUCUGCCCUCAUUUGCAUCUGCUAAUGGCUCUAUGAUGCCAGUUUCUGAUCACUGCAACUACACAUUUAAAUUCCUGCUUCAGUGCCAGAUGCUCUCUCUCUCUCUCUCUCUCUCUCUCUCUCUCUCCCUCUCUCCCUCCCUCAUCCAGGGAUUCCUGUUUCCAUCCUUUAACAGCGGCUCUGUUCGUGCUCUGAAUCAGAAAACACCAGCUGAGGUUAAACUGGAGACUUGAAGCUUCUGCUGCUAAUGAUGCUCUAGUUGCUCAUGAUGAAGCUCAUAUAUUUACACUCAAACAUCACAAUUAGGUUUGUGAUGUCACUCUAAAACCAUGGGCAUUAAUCUGCCACAUUUUGGAACCUUUGGAACAUUUGGUCAAAGUUAAGACAAGGAAUGAACCAUUGACUGUAAAUGUUGAUUCAGUUAGAGAGGUCCAACAGGCUCUGGUCUAUGAGGAAGAACUGAUGUAUAACAGUACAGCCUUGAUGAACACAUAUGUGAAUAUUAGGUCUCAGCAAAGUCAGGAAUACAAAAAGCUUAACACAUACAGACGAGUUUGUAGCAGUGGAGGAAGCUGCCAUACUUUUAUGAGCAUAUCAGAGGGGUAAACACCAUGCUGCUGAAUAUAGGACCAGAUGCAGUUGAAAGCUUUGGAAAAAGCUUGUCAUCGGACCUUGAGUUAGUUUGUCUCUCUCUCUCUCUCCCUUCAACCACAGACUCUGCCUUCAACCCAACCAGUAGAGGCGGACGCUCUUGUCAUUUGACACUAUUCAAAUAAAAUUGGAUUGAAUUGAAAGUGCUGAUUCAACUUAUGUCAGGGGGUGGGAUCAAAACAGAAAGGUACUUGUCACAUAAGCUGGACAUACAAAAAAGCAACAGAUAUGUGAACAUCUUUGUUUGCCUUUGUGCAGCCUGGAGAAGCAUCACUCCAGCUUAAGGUGGAGACUAGUUGAGAUCUGGUUAACAUCAAGUCACUUUUAAUGCAGACUCUGUGUGUAUGCUUUCCUCUGACUUUGUCCAACACUUUGGUUUAUGAUGGCUUCCCAGAUAACAAAAUAAAACCCACACUUGUCUACUAUAUGCUUCUUGUCUUCUGGCCCAGUAUACACCCGGUUUAAUGGUGCAAAUCUGGCCCACAUACAGCAUGACUUUAAGAUGCUACUUCCACAUCUGGAUCAAUUCUAACGUACACACAAAACAUUUUCUGGCUGUAAGUCAAUACUGAAAGACAUCAGCUGACAUCUGGGCAGAGUCCAGCUGAUGUCCCACUCACAUCACAAGGAACAACUGAAUAACUAAAAGUCAAGUUUUGCAAGCCAAACAAAUAUAUGGUAAGAAACUAUUAACCUCUAACUGUUGAGUGUGGAGUGUGAGUGAAACAAGUGAAUAUUAACAAGGGCCAAGAAAAAAUGUCCAAGAAAAGAAACAGCAAGCAAAACAGAAAACUUGACUUAAACACUGACUGACACGUGGGGUCAAUCAGGACCUCAUAUAACUUAUUUCAACAUUUAUGUUAAUUAACAGUAGUCAUCGGUUGAAGUCAGCUGUUUAAUCUGGUUUUAAAAUGAGCAGAAAAACAGAUACAGGUUGAAAUCACCACAGUUCUGUUCUCUGAUUAGGUAUAAAGGUAUAAACCAAAACAUUGACAGUAAAGGUUUAAAUUCACUUUAAACUGAAGAUGCAGCUGAAGAUGAGG